AUGGCCUUCGAGACGUUGGAGCUCGAGGACUUCGCCUACGACACCGAUGGCACCUUGUACCCGAGCGAAUCUCCGCUAUCUUACUAUCCUGGCGGGUUACACCCUGUGACCAUGGGCACUAUCAUCUCCAGCGCAAAGACUCGCUACCACGUUGUGCACAAGCUCGGUCACGGGGGUUACGCGACUGUCUGGCUCGUACAGGACCUCUCAUCCUCUACUUGGCUUGCGCUGCGAAUCAGGAUGGCUCGGUGUGACGGCGCUGGUGAAGACGAAGUACUACACUCGAUUCGUUCCAAGCCUGGUUCUCCACAUCUACCAGACAUCCUCGAUGUAUUCACGAUUGACGGGCCCAAUGGAAGGCACACGGCAAUCGUCACAGACGUUAUCGCGCCGUUGGGCUCUACAUUAGCCUACGUACCGGAAGAACGCAUGGGCUCUAAGUCCAUCGUUCGCGGGAUCGUCGAAGCCGUGGCGCAUCUGCACGGCGCAGGCAUCAUACACGGCGACUUGCACGUCGGUAAUAUCGGCCUGGCCAUGGAUCUGCGUAAGGCCAAGGUGAAGCCUAUUGCCCCUCUGCGGUGCCCCGUUCGAUCAGAGGCACGCGUGACUCUCCUGAUAGCUGAGACUCCAAGAGCUCUGGCGCAGUCCUCGCACUUUCCUCCGUAUAUCGUACAGGCUACCGAUCUUGGACCACACUACGAGGAUUUUCGGGAUGAGACAGACACGCAUGUCGUCAAGGUCUUCGACUUUGGAAACGCACAUCUAACGGAGAGGCCGCGUCCAACAGGCGGCUUCCUGAAGAGCAUAGCACCUCCAGAGUGGGAGAUCGUUCAGUCUCUUGAGCGAAGGCCAGAGGUUUUCUUCACUAUGGCCAGUGACGUUUGGGCACUGGGAUUGCUGAUGUUUGGUGUGAUGUCUGGAGGGAACCACCACCUCCUUCCUGGUCACAGUAGUCAGCUCCUUGAGAUGGCCCAACUGGCAGGGUCGAUUCCGUCUUCAUGGAACUCCUACCCUGCUGCGAAGACACUCAACAGUCACGAUGUAAGCGCAAGGAGCGCAGACGAUCUGUGGCAGCGACAUCGGACCGCUCUCUGCGAAUCUGGGCUAAUCGAUGAGGACGCAGGCGCCCUGAUCGCUCUGUUGCGUAGGAUCAUGGUGUUGGAACCUUCUGCGAGACCAAGCGCGGCCCAGAUUCUUCGUGACCCUUGGUUCUCUAUAGUCGCUAAGAUCACUGAUCGCGGGGAAGUGCAAGUCGCAAGUCCCGGAACUAGAUAUUUCACGGAUACGGCUCCCAACUACGCUCAUCCUGUCCCUUCAGCACCAAUACAGCACACCAACUCGCACGGCAUGGCUCAUCACAGCAUGUAUCCGUCUCAAAAUGUACCCUUUGCUCCCCAACCUCCGACCUAUCAACCACCCCCACCCGUCCAUCCCGCAAUCCCCGGAUACCCUUCACCUCCCCAUAUCGCCCCUUUUACCUAUGCUUCACCUUUCCCUCCUACUCGGUCGCCCGUGGGCUCGGAGGCUUGGGUUCCUCCUCACGCAUAG